AUGGAUAACGCAAGAAACAAGACACUUGGAGGGUGUUUACGUAUUUUCUGGCCUUCGUGUUCGAUGAACGCGAGGUGCAGAAUUAUCGGACGAAUUUAUUAUCACGUUGCUGCUCGAAAUGACGAUCAUGUCCUCAUAAUGUCACGCCAAAGGUAACCGGUUUGGGAAAACCCGGGUUUACGGUUAAUAAAACCGCCACCGGCAAAUUUAAAAAUCCAUCUCUCGCCGUCGUCUUCGUAGAUUCGAUUCGCCGCUGCUCGAUGAAAACGGCAGCGAUGGUCCUUCCCCGCGUGAACGUUACUCCCUUCCCUGCACUCGUAACGUCUCGUCGUAUCUUCUCUGCCUCCUCCGGGGACUCUCUUCAGCAAUACAUCACUGAGAAACCACCGAUCAAACCGUGGCCGCAGAGGCUAUUCCCAAAGCGGUUAGUCUCAAUGAUCACCCAACAGCAAAACAUCGAUCUCGCUCUCCAGAUAUUUCUCUACGCCGGUAAAUCCCACCCCGGAUUUACUCACAAUUACGAUACUUACCAUUCAAUUCUCUUCAAACUAUCCCGUGCUCGUGCUUUCGAUCCCGUUGAGUCUAUCAUGGCGGAUCUUCGGAACUCUUACCCGCCGAUCAGAUGCGGCGAGAAUCUAUUCAUCGACUUGCUUCGUAACUACGGUCUCGCGGGUCGGUACGAAGCUUCUGUGAGGAUCUUUCUUCGAAUCCCUGAUUUUGGUGUGAAACGCUCCGUUAGAUCGUUGAACACACUCUUAAACGUUUUGAUACAGAAUCAGAGAUUUGAUUUGGUUCAUGCCAUGUUUAAGAACAGUAAGGAGUCUUUUGGAAUCACGCCCAACAUCUUCACUUGUAAUCUAUUAGUCAAAGCUCUCUGCAAGAAAAAUGAUAUAGAAAGUGCAUAUAAAGUGCUCGACGAAAUUCCCGCUAUGGGUUUGGUAGCAAAUUUGGUGACUUACACUACGAUUUUAGGUGGGUACGUUGCUAGAGGUGAUAUGGAAGCGGCUAAGAGGGUUUUGGGGGAGAUGUUGGAUCGUGGUUGGUAUCCGGAUGCGACUACUUACACUGUUCUCAUGGAUGGUUACUGUAAGCUAGGGAGAUUCUCUGAGGCGGCUAUGGUUAUGGAUGACAUGGAAAAGAACGAGAUUGAGCCAAAUGAAGUGACGUAUGGAGUUAUGAUCCGAGGUUUAUGUAAGGAGAAGAAAUCAGGGGAAGCACGUAACAUGUUCGAUGAAAUGCUCGAUAGAAGUUUCAUGCCAGAUUCUUCUCUUUGUUGUAAAGUUAUUGACGCGUUGUGUGAAGAUCACAAGGUAGAUGAAGCUUGUGCUCUGUGGAGAAAAAUGUUGAAGAACAAUUGUAUGCCUGAUAAUGCUCUUCUAAGCACUCUCAUCCAUUGGCUUUGCAAAGAAGGGAGAGUUUCCGAAGCAAGGAGAUUGUUCGACGAGUUUGAGAAAGGCUCGAUCCCUAGUCUCUUGACGUACAACACGUUGAUUUCUGGUAUGUGUGAGAAGGGCGAGUUGACAGAGGCGGGUCGUUUAUGGGACGAUAUGGUUGAGAGGAAAUGCAAGCCGAAUGCUUUUACAUAUAAAGUUUUGAUCGAAGGCUUGUCCAAGAACGGAAAUGUUAAGGAAAGUGUUAGGGUGCUUGAAGAGAUGCUGGAGAAUGGUUGUUUUCCUAACAAAACAACGUUCUUGAUAUUGUUCGAAGGGUUGCAGGAGUUAGGGAAAGAAGAGGAUGCGAUUAAGAUUGUCUCAAUGGCUGUUAUGAGCGGGAAAGUUGAUAAAGAAUCUUGGGAACUUUUUUUGAAGAAGUUUGCUGGCGAACUGGAUAAAGGGGUUUUGGUUCUUAACGAGUUGUUGCAUGAAAUAUCUGUCUCUUGAAGAACCAAGACUAUGAUCAAUAUUACUCAGUGCCCAAAGGGCUAUCGACGUCUUGAAGAGACAAGACAAUGGUCCAUCGGUGGAGUGACACAGCUGAGACACUCCCCCUUAGUUCUUGAUGGUGUUUGCCUUGGUGUUUGCCUUGGCGUCAUAGCCACGUCGAUAGUAGCUUGACCAAAACUUGGUCUGACCGAAUAUUGAGCAUCUGCACUUUAAUAUUGUUUUUGUUUAGAUGGGUUUGUCCGAGGUCGAUCUUAUGAAUCUUGGCCUCGACGUUUGUCCAUCUUUCAGAUUUGAGACAAAAAAUUAAACUAAUAUCAUCCAUAAGUUUCACGGUUUCCAAAUAACGUGAAAAGACAGGAUUUUUGGAUCCGUGAGUCAAGGUGGAAGCAAUGAGGUUGUAAGAUUUGGGUUUAGAAAGUGUAGUUUUGUAGAGAGAAAGACACGAUCUGAAGACCACUAGUGGUCCAGUAAGAUGAAUCCAUUGAACGUGAACUUGAGAAGAGAGUUGUAGAAGAUAUAUAGGGACAUGGUCUAAGCAACCUUCUCUCUUGACACAUUUUAAAGAUAUAAUGCAAGAUUUGGCUAAAAUAUGACUAGAUUUAUCUACUCAUGUAUUCACUUAAUUUUAUCUUUUUUGGCAAGGGAUGUUCAUUGUAUUAACUAUUAAGUCAUUAAGAUGUUGUAAC